AUGCACUUCAUUGGCCGGUUCAGACCUUGUUCGAUGGAUCGGCCGGGACGCCGAAGCAAUGGCCAGCAUGAAUGUCACAACUGGUUGACACAAACUCUCUCAGCGACUAGCAUUUUUAGUCUUCCUUUCAAACUGCGACAAAUCACACAGGCCUCAGUAACCCAGCAGCUGGGCACGGCGCGGUUACUAUCUGCACAGAAAUUCUGCAUCAAAACUGCUGAAGAACACACCCGAGACCGGAGCCAAUCUUUUGCAAGACACAGUUGUAGAAUCUCGUGGACUUUGCUGUAUUCCAAGGCUGGACUGGGAUUGAGAAGACGAGUUGGUCCAACCGUUGGCUACCAGCGCCGCAACCAGCGCCGUUACGAGAGCUUCAUCAAACCACAUCCCACUCCGGAAAGGCGUAACUACAACCACAAGCACUUCUGCUACACCAUCACCACUACGAACGGCGACAACAAUAACCACAAACCAAACUCAUCAAGGCAGAUACAAUAA